GGGGAUGCGAUCAGUCAGCGGUACCGAACGCCGCCCUCCGCAGCUUCCCGAAGCAAACAGGUCUGUGGUGCUGCUGCCCGUCCGGCCGCUCGGUCUUCCUUCUUCACUGGUAUGUAUGGUCCUGGCGGCGGAAUUAAACGUUGUGUGGGCAGAAUGGAGCGAGGCAACUCCAGUUGUAAAGCAUGACUGGUACCAGCACAGUUUCAUGUCCCUGUCACCAUCAUGGUCAAAAAAGCCAAGAAGGAUGACGUCUGUGUUUCCUUUGAAGAAGAAAAGAUAGGUGUUGUGGUCAAAACUGCACCACAAGAAGAAAAACACCUGAAGUUCCAGCUGUCGCAUCCUGUUGCUCCUCAAGAAAGCACCUUUAAAAUACUCUCUACCAAGAUUGAGAUUAAGAUGAAGAAGAGUGAAGCGACACGUUGGGAGGCACUGGAAAUGGAGGGAGCCCAGGCUAACGGGAAACCAUUUACUCCAAACCAGUAUCCAUCCUCUUCCCUUUACUCCCGUAACUGGGACAAACUGGUGGGAGACAUUAAGGAGGAAGAGAAGAAUGAGAAGCUGGAGAGGGACACUGCUCUGAGCAAGCUCUUCCAGCAGAUCGAUUCCGACAGCUCAGACGACAUCAGGCGCGCCAUGAGGAAGUCUUUCAUUUGCUUCUUAAUCAUGUAGAUAUUU